GUUAAACAGAAAGGACGUGAAAAUUAAUCAGAAAUGCUUUUCGAUUUAAGGACUGUAUACCUUAUCGGCACGUUGUUCUUGUAAUUGCCGUCUCAUUCAGGAGGACUGGCAACAUUUUUGCACUUUCUUUAUAAUCUUAUCUGCACUGCCAUCUCUAUUGUCUGAAGCCAGGGGUCAAGAGACAUCACCUCUUCAAGAUUUUUAUCUCCAAGAGGCAACUCAUGUAUUAUUCUUCAGAAAAAAUAUACACUGCAUUGUCUAAAAUUGCUUGCUGCUGCAAUUCGAAAUACAAUACAGUUCGAGAAAAACCACAAGAAACAUUUCGAUCGUUUUGUCUGGUUUGAUACGUUUAUUCGUAAGUAGGGUGAAUGAAGUAAUCUCUAAUGUGCAAGAAGGAUGAUUCGUGAAAGAACCCACGGAAACGCACACGAUUAGUGGAAAGAGUUGGAGUGAACAGUUCAAGGACAUUAGGGUUCUACUUUUUUUGGACCUGACAGCAUAUUACGGUCCUGUGGAACUAAUUUCCGGGAAAGCUGCCGACUGAAAAUGAUGCUGAGCCCAGACCAAACUGAUCCUGAUCUCCCAUGGAGCCAGUCCGACGCCGAGACUAUGCUCAACGAUAUCAAGGUUAGCUGCAUUUCGGACGAACCGACGGAGGGAGAGGGGAAGACGAAGUCGCUGGCUCCGCAGGCCCUUACCAGAGAGGAAAAGAGAAGACGCCGGCGCGCAACGGCCAAGUACCGGUCGGCGCAUGCCACGCGAGAGAGGAUUCGAGUCGAAGCCUUCAACGUUGCCUUCGGCGAACUGAGGAAACUUCUGCCUACCUUACCCCCUGACAAGAAGCUUUCCAAGAUCGAAAUUCUAAGACUAGCGAUUUGUUACAUCUCAUAUCUAAACCAUGUUCUGGACGUUUAGCAAACGACCCCAAGGACAAAUGAGGGUCAGUUUUUAAACCACCUACAUGGCAUCAUUAUUUUGCAGUCUGUGGUAUAAAGUCAUAACUCCGCAUUAUUUAAUGCAGAGUUGUUAGGGGAGAGGGGGAUUUAUACCACCUCAUAGCUAUCACCCAAGUGUUCGUCAGACUUUAGGUAUUAGUCUAAUAACUUUAAUGACUUCGUUUUCAACUUAGAGCGUCUAUAUUAUCCCCUUUAUCCAUGGUGAGUACUCCAAGAGUUGUAAACCAUUUAAAAGACUGUGGUCCCUUCUGUAGGCUAUAUGUUGAAUAAGAGAUGCAAUAAAGUCAGAAGGGACUUUAAAAUAAUUCGAAUAGCCUCCAUUGUGGCAGUUCUAUACGACCACAGUGGUACAAACACCACAUUUUGUAACUGGAGAGUGCGAGCUAAAGAUCACCAGUUGCACUGAAACAUAAAGAAACCAGAUAAGCGCUCCCCCAUCCGAUUAGCUGCUCUGUAGAUCUAGCAAGUAGUUUUCCAAUCAGGAGAAAAAAAAUAAAUACGUAUACGUAAGUGCCGCUUAAAAUAUAACAU